ACGCACCGUGCACACUGCACAGCUUUCGAUUCAAAUUUCAAAUUUGAACGGUUCGUAAUGGCGGAGGCCCUCCGACCAACCAAAACGAACAAAGGGAAGAGGAAACAAGAAGGGCCACAUAAAUAAAAACGACAAUCAAAAGAGUAAAAACUAAAAAAAGAUCAGAUCUUUUGAGGCUUCGACGUUGCAGAAAGCCAGAAACAUGGGAGAAUCGGCCUGUCUUUUGCAACAACAACCAUUCUGCUAUGCUUCCGGCAUUUCCAACGAAUCCAACGAGAGCAACCUAAUUCAUGCAUUCGGUCAGUCAAUUUCAUUUGGGAGGUUCGGUUCAGAGUCUUUGGCAUGGGAGAAAUGGUCUUCUUUCUCUCACAAUCGCUACGUCGAGGAGGCGGAGAGGUAUUCACGGCCCGGGUCAGUUGCAGAGAAAAAAGCUUUCUUUGAAGCUCAUUACAAGAAACUCGCUGCUCAAAAGGCUGCUGCUUUGCUUGAGCAAGCAAACAAUGCUGCAUCGAACAGUGUCAACAACCAAGAACACGAAAAAUCAGCCACCAACCAAGAACAAGACGACACAGCUCAUCGUAACCCUGAUUAUCAGGUCACGAGUCCAACUUCUGACACAGUUCACAACAAAGAGGAAGAAGAAGUUAAAGUUGUUAGUUUCGAGCAAAAUGCCAUAGUCAGCAACAGUAGCAGCGACUCACAUUUAAAUAUGCCCGAUAUUAACAGAGUGGAGGAAUCCCUACCUCUGGUGACCAAUUCAAUGAAGGUUGAAUCACAAAACCAGCUUGAAGAUAAGGACGCAAAUGAAAAGCAUGGUGGCAAUUAUGAAGAUGAAGUUUUGGCACCAACAAGCACCAAAAAACCGCCAGCCUCUUCCCUGAAGUCGUCGGAGUCUACUGGAACUUCCAAGUUAAACUUUACACCUGCCAAACCUAUUUCUCACAAGAAAGAAAACAUUAUGGGUACCCCAAUGAGCAGCAAAAAGCCUGCAUUAAGCACGGUUGACAAAAAGAGAUCAACCGUGAAUUUCACACCCAUUAGCUCAGUUGAUAAGAAGAAAUCAACCGUUAAUUCCACACCCCUUAGCUCGGUCGAUAAGAAAAGAUCAACAGCUAAUUUCACACCCAUCAGAGAACUCAAUAGAUUGACCACAUCAGUCAUGAGGAAGUUUGAAGGUGCAAGAAUUGGGAAUGCCUCUUCCAAGGCUUCAAAGGAUAGUUCCACUCCCUUAAGAACCCCAACCAUGGCUUCGAAGAACCAGUUACAGAAGCCUCCCGCAGGGACCCCAUUGACAGAAAACAGAGGGACCAAGACCCCUUUUGCUGGUUCAUUAUCUUUGGGUAGCAAUACAGCUGGACCCAAAUGGCGCUUGCCCUCUACAGGGAAUAAAAUGAGAUCCCCGACCAUAUCCUCCCCUUUCAGCUUGAGGACCGAAGAAAGGGCUGCCAGAAGAAAGAAGAAACUCGAAGAGAAGUUCAACGCCAAUGAGGCACACAAGGUGCAGCUACAUACAAAGCUAAAGGAGAAAGCAGAAACAGAAAUCAGAAGACUACGCCAAAGCCUUUGCUUUAAGGCCAGGCCACUACCUGAUUUUUACAAAGAAAGGAAAGAAUUAAAGAACGAGACAAACAAGUGCCAAUCCCCCGAGUCACCGAAACAAGGGAAAAAAACUACUCCCGCUAGGGUAUGGAGCAAAUCCUGUCUGACUCCUCAGAAAUCUACAAUAAAAAACAUUGGCACCAAGAAUCAUCUAGAAACGAAUGGGCGAAGCUCCAACUACCAUCUAACCUCAAAUUCCAGGAUGAUUACGCAGGAGAAUUCAUCGCCUAAUAUUCAGCGUGAAAACCAAUAUGACGGCCACCACAUAGAAUCCACGCAACGGCUGGAGCAGGGCGUCACCAGAAAAUGUCGAAGAACUUGGCAUAAUAUUUAGAUCGUUAAAAAUGAAUAGCAAAUGAUGCUUGCAGAAACGGAAUGUACCAUAUUAAAUCACUGAUUAUGCAUAAUAGUAGUCGAUGGCCCUUAUACUAGAAAA